GCACAGUUCACUUUCCACUUCGGUUGUCGGAGGAUUUUCGGAUACUCUUCCGGUUUGGGCUCUUCCUCUUGACUGUGUGUAGUCAUUUUCUACCUUGUGUAAAUAUUUAUAGUCACUGGAGUUUUGUCUUCGUUCGGACGGGAUUAAAAUGGAAGAAUAUGAUACAGAUUAUGACGCAUAUGCUCCCCAAUAUGAGUACGAUUAUCAUACAGGUGAUCCUAAGCAAGACCUUGCAUAUGAACGCCAGUAUGAGCAGCAGACCUACCAGGUAAUCCCUGAGGUAAUAAAGAACUUCAUCCAGUAUUUCCAAAAAACCCUUUCGGACUUAAUCCAUCAGAAGGCGUACGAGCUGCAGGCUAGUCGUGCAACCAGUGAUGUCAUUGAGCAGAAGGUGUAUGAAAUCCAGGAGAUAUAUGAAAGCAGCUGGAACAAACUGACGGAACGUUUUUUUAAGACUUCCCCUUGGCCAGAGGCAAAAGCAAUAGUCUCACUUGUUGAAGAUGAAAUUGCAUUUCCGAUUUUAUAUAAGGAACUUUACUACAGACAUAUCUAUGCAAAAGUCAGUGGUGGACCUACACUGGAACAGAGGUUUGAGUCCUAUUACAACUAUUGCAACCUGUUCAACUACAUACUGAAUACUGAUGGACCUGCUCCCUUGGAGCUCCCUAACCAGUGGCUUUGGGACAUCAUUGAUGAGUUUAUUUACCAGUUUCAGUCAUUCAGUCAGUACAGAUGUAAAACUGCAAAGAAGACUACGGAAGAGAUUGGAUUUAUUUGUGAUCAUCCCAAAGUUUGGAAUGUCCACAGUGUACUAAAUGUCCUCCACUCAUUGGUUGACAAAUCAAAUAUCAAUCGGCAGCUAGAAGUGUACACCAGUGGAGGUGAUCCAGAGAGUGUAGCUGGAGAGUAUGGGCGACACUCACUGUAUAAAAUGUUGGGCUAUUUCAGUCUUGUAGGACUACUGCGCCUGCAUUCCCUUUUGGGUGACUAUUAUCAAGCUAUCAAAGUGCUGGAGAAUAUUGAGUUGAACAAAAAGAGCAUGUAUUCCAGAGUUCCUGAGUGCCAGGUCACCACUUACUACUACGUUGGCUUUGCUUACCUCAUGAUGCGACGCUACCAAGAUGCUAUCAGAGUUUUUGCUAAUAUUCUGUUAUACAUCCAGAGAACGAAGAAUAUGUUUCAGAGAAGCACCUACAAAUAUGAAAUGAUAAACAAGCAGAACGAGCAGAUGCAUGCACUUCUGGCCCUCGCUCUUACUAUGUACCCAAUGAGAAUUGAUGAGAGUAUCCACACCCAGCUGAGGGAAAAGUAUGGUGACAAGAUGCUUCGUAUGCAGAGAGGAGAUCUCCAGGUAUUUGAAGAAUUGUACAGCUUUGCCUGCCCCAAAUUCCUGUCUCCAGUGGUCCCAAACUAUGGUAGUGUUCAUGCAAAUUAUCACCGUGAGCCCUAUCUUCAGCAACUCAAGGUUUUUAUGGAUGAAGUACAGCAACAGACCCAGCUCUCUACAAUCCGCAGGUCUGAAACUCUUGCCUUACAACAUUGUACUGCUUGUAUUUGAGUUACAUUUCUUCAC